AUGCUUUGUUAUGUUUUUGUUAAUGCAAUUAACAGAAAAGCUUGCAAUGAAAAUGGUGUAACAGUUCCAGGACUGGCUUUGACAAGUGCUUGGGCUGAAGCAUGUGCAUCUUCAAGUGCUUCCAAAAUUUGGGUUCCAGCUGGGACAUACCAGAUGACUGCAGUAGAUGUUAGAGGUCCUUGCAAGGCUCCUAUUGAAAUUCAAAUUGAUGGCACAAUUAAAGCUCCUGCAAACCCAGGUGAUGUUGGUUCUACUAGAUGGUUCAAGAUUAGCUAUGUUAGCUCUGUAACCUUAUCUGGUAGUGGAGUUCUUGAUGGCCAAGGUGCAGCAGCUUGGAAACAAAAUCAAUGUUCAAAAAACUUUAAUUGUAAGCUGCUUGGCAUGAAUUUGGUGCUUAGUUACGUCAAUAAUUCAAUAAUUAAGGGCAUUACUAGCAAGGAUAGCAAACAUUUUCAUGUGAAUGUUUUGGGUUGCAACAAUUUGACAUUCGACGGCUUUAAAGUGAGUGCUCCAGGUAAUAGUGCCAACACUGAUGGCAUCCACAUUGGAAGAUCCGAUGUUGUGAAUGUUCUUAAUACAAAUAUUGCCACCGGCGAUGAUUGUAUCUCACUAGGUGAUGGUUGCACACAUGUUACUAUCCAAAAUGUACAAUGUGGACCUGGUCACGGUAUUAGCAUUGGAAGCCUUGGCAAGUACAAGGAAGAAGAGCCUGUUGAUAGGAUUACAGUUAUGGGUUGUACUUUGAAAGGAACUACCAAUGGAAUCAGGAUUAAGACUUGGCCUAACGAGCCUGGACAAAUUACAGUUACUAACGUGAGAUUUGAAAAUAUUACCAUGGAAAAUGUUCAGAACCCUAUAAUCAUAGACCAAGAGUAUUGCCCAUGGAACCAAUGCACCAAACAGAAUCCUUCAAAAAUCAGAAUAAGCGACGUUAUCAUCAAGAACAUCAGGGGAACUUCAGCAACUAAAGAAGGUUUGAGUCUAAUGUGUAGUCAUGGGGUACCAUGUCAGAAUGUACAGAUAUCUGAUGUUGAUCUCAAAUUCAAGGGAGCUCCAGUAAUAUCUAAAUGUGAUAAUAUCAAGCCAUCAAUAUCGAAAGCCCCUGCAUGCACCUAUGCAUGA